UUCGUAUUCUCGAAACACUUAAAUUUCUUUAAACUGAAUGCACACAAACUAUAAUUAGGAGGAAUAAUAAAUAGAAUAUGGUCGAUCCGAAUCGUAAAAUCAAUCGUCUGCCCGAAAAGGAUCACUUCCUGGAGGAAUGCGAGGCGGAGUUCAGCUCGCGCUACACAGAAGACGAUGUCGAAUUUAUGGCACAUUGCAGCAAGCCAGUGCCCGGGCCGCCAAUUGUUGAGAACUGGAUGCCCGGAGGAGGCGGUGGUGGAGGAUACAACAAUCGAUACAAUGGUAAUCGCAGAGGUGGCGGAGAUCGUGGCUGGCACCGGCGUGAAGGCGGAUAUCAACACUAUAACCAUGACAGGGGGGGAGGAUACAGAGACAAUCACAAUCGCAACCGGAACAGAUACGAUCCAUAUCAGCGCAGAGAUCGUGGUGGACAUCAUCAUGGUGGUGGCGGUAGCAGAGAUGGCGGCGGCGGGGGAUAUGAGCGCAGAGAUGGUGGCGGCGGCGGGGGAUAUGAGCGCAGAGAUGGUGGCGGCGGCGGGUAUGAGCGCAGAGAUGCUGCCGGCGGGGAUGACCAUCAAGGUGGUGGUGGCCACAAGCGUUCCUUCGAUCAACGACCACCGCGCAAUGACCGUGAUCAGCCACCGAUCAAGGUGAGACGCGACUAUGGAAACUUUGUGCCUGCAUCCAAGGAUUAGUAAUCGACUAAACUAGACUAAGUGUUCGCCUCCAUGUUUGAUGUUUGAUCAAUUAUACACACAUUUAAUAUACAUAUAUAUUUAACUCA